GUGCAGAGGGUGGAGCUUUCCUGAUCCCCAGGCUGAAGGAUGGCGGCUCUUGCCCGCCUGCUGGAAUGUCUUCUCUGGCCAGCUCGCAAGCAAGAGUGGGUGGAGGAGGCAGAGGAGAGGCGCAGCUCUCCCGACGGGCCUCAGUCCCUCCUGGACGCGCCGCGAUGCGCCCAGCGGCCGCACGGGGGUGCGGCGGCGUCUUGGGGCUUGCGCUUCGGGGCGAGCGCAGUGCAAGGGUGGCGCGCACACAUGGAGGACGCGCAUUGCGCUUGGCUUGAGCUACCCGGGCUGGGCCCGGGCUGGGCUUUCUUCGCGGUCCUCGACGGCCACGGUGGGACGAGAGCCGCCCUCUUCGGUGCGCGCCACCUGCCGGGCUAUGUGCUCGAGGCGCUGGGCCCAGCGCCCGGCGAGCCCCAGGGCGUGUGCGAAGCACUGCGCCGCGCCUUUCUGAGCGCAGACGCACGCCUGCGCGCUCUCUGGCCCCGCGGCGAGCCGGGAGGCUCCACCGCCUUGGCGUUGCUGGUUUCCCCGCACUUUCUGUACCUGGCGCACUGCGGUGACUCCCGCGCGGUGCUGAGUCGCGCCGGCGCCGUGGCCUUCACCACCGAAGACCAUCGGCCCCUCCGUCCCCGGGAACGCGAGCGCAUCCAUGACGCGGGCGGCACCAUCAGCCGCCGGCGCCUCGAGGGCUCUCUGGCAGUGUCCCGAGCACUGGGAGACUUUGCCUACAAAGAGGCUCCGGGAAGGCCCCCUGAACUGCAGCUCGUUUCCGCGGAGCCUGAAGUGACCGCCCUGGCACGCCAAGCAGAGGACGAAUUCAUGCUCCUGGCCUCUGAUGGCGUGUGGGACGCGAUGUCUGGCUCUGCCGUGGCGGGACUGGUGGCAUCUCGCCUCUGCUUGGGCUUGGCCCCAGAGCUUCUCUGCGCGCAGCUGUUGGACGCGUGUCUUUGCAAGGGCAGCCUGGACAACAUGACCUGCAUCCUGGUCUGCUUCCCGGGGGCCCCCAGGCCUUGUGAGGAGGCCAUCAGGAAGGAGCUAGUGCUGGACGCAGCCCUGGGACGCAGGGUUGCAGAGCUCUGUGCCUUUGGCCAGGAGCCCCCCAGCUUGAACACAGUUUUCAGGACUCUGGCCUCUGAGGACAUCCCGGAUUUACCUCCUGGGGGAGGGCUCGACUGCAAGGCCACAGUCAUCGCUGACGCUUACUCUCAGCUCUGCCAGGCCUCAGGAGAGCGCUGGGUGAUGGGGCAGAAUGGGGCUGAGAAGCCCACUGGCACCCAUUCAAGCUCUGCCUUGGACUUGGAGGCCUGACAGCUGUCAUCCUUUAGGGACCCUCUGCCCAGCUGGGGCCUCAAUGGAAUUAAGGAAGAAAACUCCCCGUCCCCAGCUAUGCAGAC